GACACUUGUGGUCCCCAAAACGUUCCACCAGGAGGUGUUUGGGGGCAGCUAAGUAAGAGGGGGCUCUCCUAGCAGAGGGAGGAGUUGUCCCACGUGGUGGGACCGAGAGACUGGGUCCCCCUUCAAAAGGAAGGGCUCUCGCUUUCCUUCAGGGUCUACAGGAAGCUGGCCACGUCCCCUCCCCUCCCACCAUGUGGCUGGUAGUCCUCAGCGCGCUGUUUUGGUUUCCCUUACAAGAGGCCCUGAUGAUUCACCACAUGGGCACCGUCACUGUGGAGGAAGGCCAGCCGCUCACCCUCAAGUGCUCCACCUCUCUCCAGAAGAAUGCCUCCCUCCAGUGGCAGGCCCCCUCGGGGUUCACCAUCUUCUUCAAUGAGCAUCCUGCUUUGAAAGAUUCCAGAUACCAACUUCUUCACCACUCGGCCACGCAGCUGUACAUCCGGGUGCCCCGCGCCAGCCUGCAGGAUGAGGGCGUGUACACCUGUCUGUGCUACAGCCACACCGUGAGCACUCGGCACGUGCAGGUGGUGGUGCGUGCAACUCCUUUCAAGCCAACCCUGGAAGCGUCCAUUAUCAGAAGGCCAAAUGGAGACUCCCAUCUGGUGCUCAGGUGCUCCACCAAGGGCAGCAAGCCCCCUCCGCAGAUCACCUGGCUGCUGGGGAACCACCUGGAAAUCUAUGGGGGGACCCACCAUGAAUUUGGCCCGGACAGGAAGAAGUGUAACACCACCAGCACACUGGUAAUCCACGCUGCAGACAAAAGCUCACAGGUGAGCUGCGUUGUCCAACAUGAAGGGCUGCAGGGGAGAAAGCUGGUCACACCCUUCCGGUUUGAAGACUGGGUUGCUGACCAAGGGACAACAGCAGAGACCCUGCAGAGCAAGCCCCUCUCCUCCCACACGUCCCAGCGCACCACGGCUGCCGAGCCCACCCAGGAAGAGGAAGAGCAACCCACUCUGGACUCCGGCUUGACCACCGAGACAGACCCUCAGCAGGCGGGGCUGAUGCGGAGAAAAAGUGGGAUUCUGCUGCUCAGCCUUGUGUCUCUCCUCAUCUUCAUCCUCUUCGUCAUCGUCCAGCUCUUCAUCAUGAAGCUGCGCAAGGCCCACGUCAUCUGGAAAAGGGGAGAUCGGGGUGGCGGACUGCACCCUCUGUGA